AUGGAACAAAUUACUCCUGCUCCGACCGCAAUCGCCUCAGUCGACUACCUUGGCCAUACUUACGCCUGGGACGAAAAUGACCUCAUCUGCACUCAUAAAGAGAUUACAAGACAACUCGCCGAUGUGCAGAAGAAGAUUCGGGCUGAAACGAUGAAGCAACCGGAGAAGAAAGAUGUUAAAGAAAAGCCUUUGCGAAUUGGAAAUGCUGUUGGUGCUGUUGCAUUGGGAAACGAGCUAGUCGAGCCCAAGUCUUUGAAUUGGCAAAAGGAAUGUGACGUACUCUGGCUUUUUGGACCUGUCUACCAAUCAGAGAACUCAUUCGAAGAUGACGACGACAAGACACUCGUGGGUGACAGCACACCCAGCACACCUAUGAGCAUGUCAUAUCCUCCAUCACUCGCAUGCUCACCUACUGCAUCGUCCCCAAUGGAACUUGCUACAACCAUCGACAAUACCCGAUUAGGUCUUGCCACUCCGUACCCAAUCAAGCCAGCCCUCAAGAAACCAGUUGAGCAUUCGCCCAUCGACGACCUCCUUGCAUAUUAUGCUUGCUCGAUACUCAACAGUUCAAGACUCAACAGGGUAGCUCGUCGACACACUUUACCACGUGACAAUAUCACACAGGUUACACAAAAGAAGUCGUUGCGAUUCAAUCUAGACCAAGUGCAAGUACACUACACGCCAACACAUUAUAGUGUACAGUCAGCACGCAACAGUGGACGAUCUGUUUUCCCCCCUCGAUUAACUAGCAACAGUCAGAUCACUACUCUUGGAAAAGAAAAACCAAUCGUAGGCAAAUGCGAUGAUUUCAAUCAAAUAUUCCAAUGGGCCAAGUCGCAAGUAGAGACUACUGGACAUUUCACUUUAUUUGAUAAUGAAAAACGCAUUGUCCGAGGUAAAUCGUCUUCGCAAUCAACCAAGAAAACAAGGACUGUACCUGUGAAAAAUGUCAAAGUCCAAGGCAAGACACCAUCUGCCAAGACCGAACGAUCACCUGUCAAGACCGAGCGAUCAUCGAUUAAAACCGAGCGAUCAACUGUUAAGGCCGAGCGACCGUCAGUGUCAGAGUCUUUUCUUAAUAAUGUGGUUUCUGAUAAUGUGGUUUCAAAGGCCACUAAUCUUGCUGCUAAUGUGGCUGAUGUCAUGAGCUGGGCAAGCUCGAUGAUAUGGGAUACUACUAUUUACUAG